GGCAGGCGCAGGGCGUCGGCCCGGACAGCGGCUGGCAGCCCGCAGGCCGCGGAUACCCGUGCGGCUCCAGCUAAAAUCCGAGUCGGGGCUGAGGGACCUGGUGGAGAGGGAAACGAGCCGCCAAGCACCGUCUCUCUGCGCGACCCGCGCCUGAUUGCGGGGCGAUGGCGAUCACCGGCCGACGGAAGGAGCAGGGCCGCGGAAUCCAGAGGCGCCCGAUGGCUCCGGCGCCUUACUGAAAAAAAACCGGCGCCGGGAGCGAACAACAGCGCCGGGGUCAGUGUGGGUUCAGGCCCGGAGGAGGCGCUCACCCGCUUCCAGCACAGUGAGCCGCUGCCGCUCGCCACUGGAGUCGGCAAGAUGUCUAAGUCGGCAGCUAAAGAGAAGAAAUCUUUCAGCAAGAAACUUUUCAGGCGGGGUUCAACGCGCUCGGUCGGGAGCUUCAUGAGCCGGGUGUUAAAGACACUCUCCACCCUUUCGCACUUCGGCACCGAGGAGUCGGCCGAAGAUGAUAAGGACGAUGGCGGCUUCAAGAGCUUCCGAACGGCGGGGGCAGGCGCGGCCCUGGGCAUGGGUAUCGGAUUGGGACCUGGGGUCGGAGUCGUUACCUCAGCCUCCUCCAUCAUCAUGAUGAUGAGUGGUGUCAAUCACCCGGCCAUCGCAGAGCGCAGCGACUCAUCCGACAGCUGCUUUUCGCCGGCCUCCGGGGAUCGCUGGCAGCCGCCGGGGGUGUCCGGCCUCAAAAACCACGGGAACACCUGCUUCAUGAACGCCGUGUUGCAAUGUCUGAGCAACACCGAACUCUUCGCCGAGUUUCUCGCCUUGGAACAAUAUCGGGACUUGUCGGUCAGCGGCCUGGACUCUCCCGAGGCAGGGGACUCCCGGGGCCAGCAGCGAGAAGACGAGCAGCUGGACCAAGAUAAGACCUCCAAAUCGAAUGGAGUUUUAUACCGAUCCAAAUGCCAGUCAGACUCACGUGGAGAGGUCACCGAACAACUAGCUUCCUUGGUCCGAGCACUCUGGACAUCAGAGUACACCCCGCAAUUGAGCCGCGACUUUAAGAAUGUUGUAUCCAAAAAUGCUUUCCAGUAUCGUGGCAAUUCGCAGCAUGAUGCUCAAGAGUUUCUCCUGUGGCUUCUAGACAGAGUCCACGAAGACCUGAAUAAUAUUGUUUUAACAAAUGUGAGACCUCCUGCCAAGCCUCCAUUAAAUGAGGAUGGGAUGUGUGAAGGACCAGCUCUCCCAGCACGGAGCAGCUUUGUACAGGAGCUCUUUCAAGCACAGUACAGGUCAUCUUUGACAUGUCCCCAUUGCCAGAAACAGAGCAACACCUUUGAUCCAUUUCUCUGCAUCUCCCUGCCCAUCCCUCCACUUCAGACCCGGCCAUUAAGUAUCACUGUGGUUUAUGAAGGAAAAUGCUCACAUUGCAUGAGAAUAGGAGUGGCAGUGCCGCUGUCAGGUAAAGUGAGCAAACUUCGUGAAGCAGUAUCACAAGAAACUAAAAUCCCCACAGAUCAGAUUGUUCUAACAGAAAUUUAUUUUGAUGGAUUCCAUCGUACAUUCAGUGAUACUGAUCCUUUAGACACUGUUCAUGAAAAUGAUAGCAUUUAUGCUUUCGAGACACCUGAUGUCUACAUUGGCCAAAAAGCGAUGCUUACUAACAUAAAUCAGAACAAUCUGCAGUUCAGCACUGGUCACAGGUCCACAAUGUACCCUCCAGGAGGAAUGAAACAGAUCAAACUGGAACACGUGUACAGUAAGGGUUUAGGGGCUGAGAAAUCACUACUGCUGGUAUGCAAUCUAUGCUGUACUGGACAACAGGGUAAAAGGUUUGGUCACCCCUUUGUACUCUACCUGGAUCAUAAAAUAACAUGGGAAGGACUGCAGAAAGCCAUUUUGGAAAAGAUGCGCCAUCUCUUUAGGCCGGGGAUGUUCACUGAGGUUGCUCCCUUUAGCCUACGAGUGCUCGGAGGUGGUGUGGGAAAGUGUUACCUUUCUCCCCAGGAAGAUCAUCCCUUAUGUCAGUUAGCAGCAGAAAGAGCAUGGAAGGCCUGUAGACCUGGUGGACCCCAGCAUAUUAAGAUCAUUGUGGAGUGGGACAAAGACACUAAAGAGUACUUAUUUGGGAAUGCUGAAGAUGAGUAUGUUCCAGAUUCUGAAAGUGUUCGCCAACAGCAGCAGCUUCAUCAGCAGCCUCAGACCUACACCUUAUCUCAGUGUUUUCAUCUCUACACCAAAGAAGAACAGCUGGCACCAGAUGAUGCUUGGCGCUGCCCGCAUUGUAAGCAGCUCCAGCAGGGCAGCAUCAAGCUCAGUUUGUGGACACUUCCUGAUGUACUUAUCAUCCAUUUGAAACGCUUUAAGCAGGAGGGGGAUAAAAGGACCAAGCUGCAGAACCUGGUGAAGUUCCCCCUCACAGGCCUGGACAUGACACCACAUGUAGUAAAACGCAGUCAGAGCAGUUGGAGUCUUCCUUCGCACUGGUCACCAUGGAGAAGGCCCUAUGGACUUGGCAGGGAUCCCGAAGACUACCUCUAUGAUCUGUAUGCAGUGUGCAAUCACCAUGGCACCAUGCAAGGAGGCCAUUACACUGCCUACUGCAAGAACUCUGUGGAUGGACUUUGGUACUGCUUCGAUGACAGUGAUGUUCAGCAGCUCUUGGAUGAAGAUGUCUGCAAGCAGACUGCAUACAUCCUAUUCUACCAGCGGCGAAGCACCAUUCCUUCCUGGUCAGCAAACAGCUCGUUAGCAGGUUCUACCAGUUCAUCUCUUUGUGAGCACUGGAUAAAUCGACUCACAGGCAGCAAGCAACCAAGUGUCACAUCUACUGCAUCCUCUCGCCGAACUUCUCUCAUCUCGCUCUCUGAAUCUGUAGAAUUUACUCAGGAUCGUAGCGAUCAGGAUGAUGGUGGGUUUUCUACUCGGCCUUUUGUGAGGAGUGUCCAACGCCAGAGUCUGUCAUCCAGGUCUUCAUUUGCUAGCCCCUUGGUGCUCAAUGAGAAUGGAGUUAAAUCUCAGAGGACAUUAUCUAGCAAGUUGCACAUGCGAUCCAACUCUCCAUCACUAUUCUCCUUCGAGUCUCCCACUCAUAGCCCCUCUCCAGUUCCAGACAUACUGGGCUGCAAGAGCCCUAACAUGGGCACUCCUCCACUCCAAGGUCAGGGGGCAAUCUCUGCUGGACUCCCUGGAAGGGCACCCCUUGCUGUCAUGGAGGGUGUGGUCAGAGAGGAUGAGAUGAGAGUUUCGGGGAAAGCAGCUGGACAGAGACCUCUUUUAGCUCUCAAUAAAAUGCUUGACCAGUGUGGAAAUGACACAGGAAGCUUGGACAAGCUGACUCAUUUGGUUGAUGCUGUGGAUAAGAAGAGCUCCAGCCUAGGCAACCUCCAGUCCACAAAUACCAACGCUGCAUCUUUGGUUGAAGAGCAAAAGCAAAGGCCAAGCUAUGUGACAGGAGCAGUAAAUGCAGAGAGUCCACAAAAGAAGUCUGGUUCUAGAGUGCCCUCUGAACAGGCUAAAGGCUCUUUAACCAAAGCUCAGUCGACUCUGUCGACUUCUCUGAAGAACCCCCAGAAGGCUGCUAUCACACGUGAAAAGGUUGAAACGAGAGCUGCAACCCGGCAGUCUACAUCAAGCUCAGUUACUCGAAAGGAGGUGGAUAAAAAUCAGCAGCAGGCCAGUUCAUCUCCAGCUCAGCAGAAGCUGAAGAUGCCCCUGGCUUCUCCACAGUCACCCUCUCCAACAUCGAGAAAAGUACCAGGGAGAUCCAAAACUGCUGAGAGCCACUCCAAACGCAGCCCCUCUCCUGAAAAGCGCAGGCUGACAUCUUCCAAAGCUAGCAGCACAAGCAGGUUGUCGCAUGCUAAGUCAGGGAAUCGACUGGAGAACAGGAGACUGAGGAAUUCGAGCAGCAGCUCAUCUGUGACCGAAACCAAGUCCUCGGACACCAGCUCAAGAACUGAUCUGAGAAGAGACAGCAGCAAGUCCGAUGAUAAAGGCCUGUCAUUCUUUCGGGCAGCACUGAGGCAGAAAGAAAGUCGGAGGUCAGCUGAUUUGGGGAAGAGCAACAUUCUUGCCAAGAAGUCAGCAGAUGGGCCUUCCAAGGUGGCAAGCAAAAAAAUGCCAAGUGAAGGCCCAAGCAAGGAGGGCAGACGAUUGGUGAGUGAACAGCCAUCCUCUGCGUCCGCUUCUGCUCUGACGCUGUCCAGCAAAGUAGCAUCACGAGGGAAAUCAUCAAGCAAGGAUGCCACUCCCUCCAACUGUCCAUUACUUCCUGCUGCAAAAUCCAAAUCAUCCUUGGCAGACAUGGGGUCUCAAUCUCCAUCAAGCAAAAAGAAACCUGCAGAAAAGACAUAUAAAUCCAGAAAGAUUGUUACUAGCAGCAUGCAGUCAUCUGCCCGCCAUAACAAAAAGUAAUGUGAAAAAUCAAAGAAAACCACUCCAUUAAAAUGCUAUUUCAGCAUUGUUUUUGUAACACUUCUUUUUCUUCCCUCCCUCUUGCCUUUUCUCCUUUUCCUCCAUUUUAAAAUGAGCUUUUUAUUGGAGGAAGUUUUUGUUUGCAAUUAAUUCAUGUGCCUACAUUGGUGACAAAAGUUAUUGAUUUAAGUGCUUUUUGUUCUGCCAUCAAACCAAAUGAUUACCACAUGAUGCUGGUAUGUGAUAUGCAGAUCUUGGAGCUAGUUCAUCAUUGCCAUCCUUCUCCCCACAAACCCUGGAGGUUGUCCUUCUUUGAUGGGUUUUUAAUGCAGCACUUUGUAUCAACCUUCAGAACUUGCUUUUGUUGCAGAAUAACACUGUGUACUGUUCAAUGAAUGAUUUGAUUUUUAAAUUUUUUAUAAAUGUUCUUUUUAAAACUAAUAACUACUGCACGCUCUGAAGAAGCCAUUGAGUUAAGUAAUCAAUUUAAUUUUCUCCUAUAAGCUUUUGUUUGGUUGAUGCAAUGUUAACACCUUGCUGUCCAAUCACAGUAUUGUACAACAGCAAGUCUGAGGUUAACGUACAAGGAAUAAAUGGGAGGAAUAACCAUUUCAAUUGAAAUGUACCCACUUUCUGAAAUGGUCACUGCCCCCAUGUGGUAGCAGUUCUUUUCCUGCAGAGGGAAGAGUAGGAGAGAUGGAAUGUAACAGUAUGCAAUGCUUCUGUCAUAGAUUGUUUUUGUUAUUUGGUUCAGUCCCUUAUGUGAUCUAUUGGUUGUCAGCAGCUUGAACGACUUCAUAUGAAUGGGUUGAAGGAUUUGAACAACGUUUGUUGCUUCAGAUACUGUGGGAUGAACUUGUAGACGUAUGUCAUCACUAAAGGGUACUUAGCAUAGAUCCUUCAGUCUUGGUUCAAGUGUUUCAGCUAAACUAAGGCAGGUCUCCCAAAUUGCCACCAUUUUACAGCCUGAACUGACAUGUUGACUCCUGGUUGUCGAGUUCUGACCCAGAUACAAUGAUUCAGAUACAUACAGCUGAAAUGCUGUUUGGUUAGAAAUAAAAAUGAAUGCUAGCCCACACAUUCAGAUCUGUGGGAAGAUAUUUGUGGAAGCUCCACGUUAUGGAUCGAUAUUAUAAAGCAUGGUCAACACCUGCACACUAAAAGAAAAUUGUUUAUAUUUGCUAAUCGGCAAAUACAGUGAGAUGUUUUCAUAUGCUUACUAACCCAAUGAUGCCACAGCUCAGCUGCCCUAAGUUAAUAAUAAUGUUCAUACAGUUUUUGUUUUUUAAAUAAGUUCUUGUUUAUAUUGUGAAAUGAUGUGCAUGAUUUAUACUAAGUUCAGUUUCUAAAUUCAUAGAAUUGUUUGCACUGUGGCCAUUUGGCUAAUUGUGCCUAUGCCUACUCUUUGAAAGAACUAUCCAGUUAAUUGCACUGUCCAAUUCUUUCCUCAUAGCCCUGCAGGCUUGUCUUUUACAAGCAUUUUUCCAGUUCUUUCAAAAGUUCCGUUUGAAUAUGCAUUCCAGAAUCUUUUGCUUCAUGUGACAUCUAGUUUUCCGAUGUAAUAAAUGCAAACCCAUAAGAUGCAGUCUGCCUAUGAGCAGUCCUGUUUAUAGUGCUUCCUGAUUUAUAUGGUGUAAUUUAUCAUGGACUUCACCCACCUAGCGAAAUUCUCCCACUCCCCAAGAGACUCUGGCCAUGCAUUAAAUUACCUUAUAUGUCUUGGACAAAUUUGGAAAUUAAUCUUCUGUGAUUCAGUCCCUGAAUUGAUCCAUCAACUCUUACUAAUCAAUGCCUGCUCAUUCUCUUGGUAUGUUAUUACAAGAAACAUAGUUUCUUGAUUAUAGUUCUAACUAUUUGAGCAUAAGUUUAUUUUCCUCACUUAGUGCUUCUGACUCCUUUGGUCUGUGCUCACUUAUUUCAGUAACAUUCUGUUCCUCAGGCUUGUGGGGUACAAGAUCUACCUGUACACAAUAAUUCUCCAUACUUUACAAGUUCCCAAAAGAUAAAAAGACAUUCUUGUUUCACCGUGUUGCUCAGCUGCAGACAUUCUGGUGUUCCAAAGAUGCAGCGAAAAAGUCUUUGUAGCUUUUUAGAAGCUACCUAUUUUGUAUACCUGUUGUGCUGUCCCAAUGGAAAUUGCAUCAUCUGGUGUACAUCUGAGCCAAGGAGCAUAUGAGGUUCCCACUCUCCACACCCAAAAUGUUUGGGUCACCUGGCCCCAGCUGGCACAAUGGAAAAGAUGCUCCAUUUGGCAUUACUUUGUGAGGAGGGAAGGGGUGAGUAAGAGCAGAGGGAACCAAUAUCUAAUAGGAACAGUGAAUUGGUGAAAGAUGAGCUGUUCACUGCUGGGACCUGUGGAGGGGUGGGUUUAUGGGUAUAACAACAGUGCAGGUAUUGACAUCUUACUGAAUUACAAGCUUCCAGUUGCACCUUAGUGUAAGUGGGACUUCCCUGUAAUGCACAAAAAAUAUUGUUCUCCCCCCCCCCCCCCGUUUAUCUUCCUAUCUGCAUGCACUUAAGGCAAUGUAUUACUAUGCAAAUGCUAGGAUCUUUGUUGCACUGAGGUUCUUCGUAGUAGUUAGUUUGGGUUAUUCAUUUUAAUGUUACAUUCAAUAAGAGUUCUGCAGACCUGUAUUGGAGAAUAAUGGCCUGGCUGAUCUAUUGCUUUGUUUGCACAACUUGAUUCACAUUUUCAGACUGAUCUAUGUGAGAUCAGUAUGAGUGAUUGUGAGAUUUACAAUGAGCAGAAUCAUGUAACUGGAAGCUGUAGACAAGUAGAUUUAAACCUGACAUUCACUACUUUGUUAAUACUGGCUGUAACAAAAAGUGCAAUUUGGUAAGUUCAAAUUGGUCUGUGCUAACAUUUUUGCUGAGUACUAUAUUGUAAAGAUUUUUUUUUCCUUUCCUUAGCAUUUUCCCCAUGAUUUUAGAAGUAAUGUUUGCUUUUAAAGAGGUCAUUUUCACCAUUUCUAAUAAGGUUUAUAAAGAUAUGAAAGGCGAUAACUUAAUCACUUGCAUAUAUAUAAGAAAAACCUGGUCCAAGCUCCUGUAGGAGCCCAUCCAGCUUCAGAGGAGUAUGGCAUCGCACUCCCAACCUUUGGAGCCCUGCGCUGCUCUGCUGAGGCCUGUCAAUAGAUUUUCAAUAUAAACUGUAGUUGCUUGCAUAGAAGAUACUUUGCCGGGAUACAAGUAGUUGUCAGGCCACCCAAAUUCAUUGCAAUUGACCUUAUUGGAGCAUUGCAUAGAGGUGCAAUAUGUUAACGCUAAUAUUUACUUUGAGAUGUCCAGUGGUUUGGGUGGCACUGAUGCCCUGCUUUGAAGCAAUGGGAUUACACAGAUAUUAAGUUGAUGGUGAAAUUACUCUAAAUUCUUUCUAAUAAUAUCCUGCUGGUUCAGUGUUUUAAAAUUACAUUUCACGGGGUGGUUGUGUAAGUGGAGCUAUUAAGUCAUGUUUCUGAGUUAUAAGGUGAUGAAGAUUAACUGUGUACAAGGUUAAUAACCUUUGAAAUGAGAUAAAACCAUCCUGAGCAUACACCAUUUCUUGUUGGAAAAACCCCUUUUCUGGGGAUAGUUGCCUACAGAACUAUGCGAAGUGAAGUUUCUGGACUUGGUGGCUCUUACUUUCAGGCCACUACACUUGUACGUAAUUCUACUAAAAAAAAAAGUAACAUAGUCUCCUUGCUGCUUGGUUUGUAGCUCCCAGACUUUGAAGUGAAUGUACUUUGAUCAGAGUUUUAAAAUCUUUAACCAGGAGCUGACCUGCAGAUCCUCAUGUUUUGCAGACUGAAGCUUGUUUUUCUUUUUUUUGGUUUAUCUGGUGUUUGGCCCACUUAAUAUUCAUUGUCAUUUUCUUUCACUGUACACUGGAAUAAAGAACUAAGAGGACCGCAUAGUCCAUUUCACCAGAUAGCACACCAAGUCCUAGAGAUCUGAAAUGGAGCUAGGAAGCUAAUUGGCAUUAGAACCAAAUAGAGACUGGGUUCUCUUAUCGACAGUUGAUACUUUGUGAAUGAGUAGUUUGUACCUGAAACAUGAAUAGCUUUAUUCUCCUCACUGGCACUGUGGCCUGUUGAGUCUCUGCUAUAUUCUCUUUGCCUUUUCCCAAUAAGGUAUUGGAGUAAGGCACAUAUCUGAUGCUGCCCUGCUAGGGCAGGUAAUGAGCUAUCUCCUUCUGGCUGAUGGUUAGACUGUUUGCCUUUGGUGAGGAGAAGUUUGGGCCACAUCUUUGUCGAUUACCCUGUGACACUACAUUCAUCACACUUCAAAACAAAAUAGAUGUGAACAAUAUGGGCCAGUCCCUGACCCCUGUAUAGUGUGACUUUCUCCUUGUAAAUUAGGCCAUCGACUUGGUGUUGCUGAAAACUUUUUAAGUUAUUUUGGGCAGGUGCAUGAGAAUGUGUUGCUGCCUUUCAAUAAUUUAUUUGUAUGUUUUAUUAACAGGAGGUGUAUGCACUUUUUUAAUAUGCAGAAUCUGCAUUGUUUUCUAUGUUUUAAGAAUGUUUCUUUGAGAACCGUUUGUACAAAGUCCAUGUUCGUCAGAACAACUGUACAUGAGGAGCAAGAUUACAAAAAUAAAAAGUCCAAU